GUUGUCUUUCGGUCAACCAUGGAGUUUAGCUUGCUAUUUAUGUUUUUAACUUGGACUGCAGUGAUGACUUAUUUAACGUUUGGUAUCGAGAGAGAUCGCACGAUGCUUUUUCCUGAUUACUACUUCGUUGCUGAAAGACGUUUGGUAAAUCAUACGAUUGCAACAAAAUACGUCAAGAACUUUGAUGACUGCGAGCUUUUGUGCUACUUGAACGACAGCUGUGUCAGUGCUAACUUCAAAAAGGAUCCAGAGAAUGGUGGAAUAGCUUAUGCCUGUGAACUGAAUAACGCCACUCAUCUGGAGCACGAGGUGGACCUGAUAACUGACAUCGUUUUCUAUUACCGUGGGUCUGAG